AUGCUCCCGCAUCCUAACGCCUGUCCCUCCCUUUUUCGGUCUUUCGCGUCUUCUUUCUCCGGCUCCCCUGCUUCUCUCGGCCCUUCUCCUUCUUCGCUCCCGGGCGUCUUGCGCGCGCGCGCUUCUCCCCUCUUUUUCUCGUCCGCCAUCUCCGGCGCCUCCCCGUUUGCCUGCGUGUCGGUGCGAACGUUCGCCUACGGUUUUUCGAGGGGUAAGCGAAAGGAGGACGACGCCCGUCGCCAGGAGGCGGCUCGAAAGGCGUUUUUCGAGUCGCUGAAUCAGAAGAAGCGGGAAGAGAAGGAACGCGAGGAAGAGCGCCGAAAACAGCGCGCAGAAGUACAGAAGCAGGGUCCUUUUCUCCACGGCAAGGACUACUACCAGAUCCUUGCUGUCAAGCGGUCAGCCACCCAAGAGGAAAUCAAAAAGGCCUAUAUUGAGGCGGCGAAGCUCCACCACCCCGACCAAAAUCCCGAGACGCCUGCCGAAGCAGCUAAGCGCUUUCAAGAUGUUCAGCAAGCGUACGCGACUCUGAAGAAGCCUUGGAGCAGAACCCUCUACGACCAGGAACUCGACGGAUCCUUCCGGAAUCCGCGGCGAACCGGAGCGGCGACGCACGACCCUAGCCGCGGUGGCCGAGCCGAAGAGAAAAUAUGGAAGGAGAACUGGGAGGAGACCGCCGAACAAAGAGAACAGAGACGCGAACGCUAUCGGCGCUACGCAGCUGGAAUCCGCGAAGACCUCCCCUACGUCGACACCAUAAACCCGGUCUGGAUCAUCGCUGGAACGUCGGCCGUCGUCUUUGGAUUCGCCGCGUACAUGAACGACCGCGGAAAGAAAUCCUUCGAUUCAGCCCUAAACGACGACUUCACGGACAAAGACUUUCGAGGCGACAAGCUGGUUCGCGCCUUCUUCAAUCCCUUCUCGGCAAAGUGGGAAAGACUCCCCGAUGGCUGUGACGCUCCCGCCCCCCACACCCUGCACGCGGUCCCUCGGUCACAGACGGAGCCUGCACGACUCGUUGUGGACAAGCGAACGGGCGAGACGCUCUGGGCCAAUCAAAUUCGUUCCCGGAACAGUUCAUCGUCUCCAGUGUCUGAUGCCUCUGAUGCGUAG